UGACAUGCUCCGUUACUAUAGAAACCAUUUAAUAAUAAAAUUUUAUAAUAUACGAUUAGAUAGUUCACGUGUACACAGUUAUCUUUCUUGUUUUUUAUGGAUUUAGUUGUUUUAAAAGAUGAGUCAAGAAGCGCAACCUAAAAAUGUAUCCAACCGAGAUGUUCAGCCUGGUUUCUGUUCUGCAACUUGCACCGAUAGGGCAAGUCUUCAACAGGAAAUAAAUAAGUCUGAACUAAUGACAUCGGAUCUGUUUCACACUUGUAACCUGCCGAAGAGAUUUGAGCAUCCUCAUUGGUUCAACGGAUAUGGAUGUCAAGUUAGUAAGCAGCAUCCAUUUUACAGAACGUCAGCGAGCGAAUACGGAUGGUAUCCGCCUGGAUACUACUCGGUGCCUUCUGUGUUCUUUCCCGCCGGUCAAACCUUCACUAACCGUCUCGCAGCCGCAGGCAUGUAUCGCAACUACAGCCUUAACACUGGCAUGGAUCCCGUUGCCUACCGUUAAAUGUUAACUUUUAAAACAUUUUAAUAUUAAUUUUCUAUUUAUUGUAGAUGAUUUUAUAUCAAACAUUUAAAUAAUAUUUUUAACAAUUUUUUUUCAAAGCUAUACCAUUAAUUGAAUUUCUAAUUCUGAAUAAUUUUUUUUAAAGUUUCUUUAUAAAAGAUAACAAA